CAGCGAAAAGAAGAAGCGCACGUAAGAAUCGGCAGGGUCAAAGCUAGUUUCUCAAAAAAAAAAAGAUAAUAAGAAUAAUAUAAUAAGAAAAUAAAAAGAAAAAAAAUCCCCAUGGAGACGAAACGUGGACAAAAAUCGCAGCCGUCACGUCCAUCUCCGCAAGACCGCGGCGCCAAACGGGUCAACCACCCACCUCUCUUCUCCUCAUCCCCAUCCCAUUCCCAUUUCUCUCGCGCGCACGGCGCCGCGCGCGACGCGAGACGCGACGCAAGCCAUCACCAACACAAAAACAUGGCGUCCACCACCUCCUCGCCCACGCGCGCACCCUCCUCCUACCCGUAAACGACACCCACACCGACCCGCCUCCGCCUGCGCGGCGAGAAAACCCAAGAACCCCCCACGUAGGCAAGACGAGGAGAAAGAGGAUUGCAAGACGCUGUCCAUCGAAGCAUGCCAUCCAUGGCGCCUCCUCGGCUAUAACCAGGCGAGAGAGAGAGAGACGAGACGAGACAGCCAAGAACACGCGCGUGCGCGCGUGCGUGAUUCUUAGUUUAGCGCCUUCCCCCCCGCGGCCGAUAAUAACACGGUGGUGGGGGAGGUGUUCGUCCGUGGCGCGUUCUUUUGUCCCAGGCGUGCAUGGCCGAGACGCCAUGACGACGACGACGGCGACGAACACGGCGACGAACACGGCGGCAGCCAUGGAGGUGACCAAGGCGGUCACGCAGCUCUGCGCGCAGGGUGGGGGCGGCGGCGGGAGGAGGAGGGGGAGGGGCAGGCCGGCCGUGCUGCGGCUCGACCUCCGCUGGGGCCGCCUGCUCCGCCUCGCCGUCAUCAGCAGGGUCGUCCGCCUCGUCUGGGACCAGCUCCUCGCCUGCUCCUCCUGCGCCGGCGGCGGCGGCGGCCGCUACCGCAGGCUCGGCCCGCCGCCGCAGGGCGUCGCCGCCGGUGCCGUCCUCUCCCCGCUCCCCAGGGACGCCGACGACGACGCUGCCGCCGCCGACCGCGACGCGGCCGAUGUCGAGGACGUCGUCAGCCUCAAGGUCAGCCUGCUCGGCGAUUGCCAGAUCGGCAAGACCAGCUUCAUGGUUAAGUAUGUUGGGGACGACGAGGAGCAGAACGGCUUGCAGAUGACGGGCCUGAAUCUGAUGGACAAGACCUUGGCAGUUCGGGGAGCUCGAAUUGCCUUCAGCAUUUGGGAUGUGGCAGGAGACAGCCAGUUCCUCGACCACGUCCCGAUCGCGUGUAAGGACGCCGUGGCGAUCUUGUACAUGUUCGAUCUCACGAGCCGGUGCACGCUUACUAAUGUUAUAGAUUGGUAUGAGAGGGCAAGGAAAUGGAAUAAGACGGCUAUUCCAAUCCUAAUUGGGACGAAGUUUGAUGACUUCGCUCAGCUUCCUCUUGAGAUGCAAUGGACCAUCGUUAACGAGGCCAGGGCAUACGCGAGAGCGAUGAAGGCGACCCUCUUCUUCUCCAGCUCGACGCACAACAUCAACGUGAACAAGAUCUUCAAGUUCAUCACGGCCAAGCUCUUCAACCUGCCGUGGACGGUGGAGCGCAACCUCACCGUCGGCGAGCCCAUCAUAGACUUCUGAAGACUCUACACCCUUACACUGACAAAAUGCUAGGCAAAAAAACGUACACGAGCCCUUCCUUCCCUCCCCUUCGUCGUCUUCCUCCUGACCUUUCUCUCCCGGUAAUGGAGGCCGGCCAUGGCCAUGGCUGAGCAGAACUGAGCUCUUGCAUGUACAUAUAGGUGAAAGAAAAAAGAAAAAAAAAAGAAAGAAAAAGGAUCAAGUUGAGUUCGUCGUUGUCGAGGUGUUAUCCCUUCCCUUGUGCAGUGCAGGCAAGGGCAGAAGAGGAAACCGUGAGAUGUUGUCUGUAACCCUCGUCACAGUGUAUAGUAGAGUAGGAGUUUAACCGAUCCAUGUAAUAUAAUCCUCACCGUUUUUUUAACACCAGUUUUAGAUAUGGGUACUCAUCGAACCAUUCGAUCA